CCCACGCCGCCGCUGCGCCCGCCUCGGCCCUGACUGUUUGCUCAUCCCGCUCCUCCGCAGCAGCGGCGAACCUGGCCAAUGGACAGCCACACAGUACAAACCUCCUGAACGGAGGUGAGAUGGACAACAGUUUGAGAGCUCUGAGCUUUUCAGGGGCGCCUCCCGGGAGAGUUUCUCGGAGGCAGCAUCCUUAGCCUCGGUUCUGCCCAGAGUAGGGUUGCAGAGAGAAGACCAAACCUGCGUGGCGCGCAGACGCUGAUACGGGGUCUGGCACAGGAGCAUUGCACCGCUGAUCUACCCAGCCUUUCAGCUGUGCCAUCUGUGGUUAGAGCACUGACUAUGGCAGCCAUUCUUCUGAGAGCAAAGCCCAAGGUACCAGUAACUUUUGAGGAUGUGUCUGUGUACUUUACAAAGACAGAAUGGAAGCUUCUGGAUCUCAGACAGAGGAAUCUCUACAAGCAGGUGAUGCUGGAGAACUACAGUCAUUUGGUGUCAGUGGGGUUUGCUUUCUCUAAGCCUAACCUGGUGUCCCAGCUGGAGCGAGGGGAGAAGCCCUGGAUUACAGACAGAAUGGGGACUGCAGCAGGAUCCUAUGCUGGAAAUGGGAUAAAGAGCAAGAUGCUGACUUCAAGGUCAAAACAUUUUGGAAGAGGGCUCCGCGGAGACACUUCGGGAUCCAUGGUGCAGAGAUGUCCUCACGACUUCAGGCCAAAUUCCAUUGUAAGGUGCCAGCACUCCAAAAUCACCGAUAAGCGGUAUCUGUGUCAGCAGUGUGGAAAAUCCUUCAGCCGCAGCUCCAAUCUCAUCAAGCACCGGAUCGUCCACAGCGGCGAGAAACCGUACGAGUGCAGCGAGUGCGGGAAGCUGUUCCGGCGGAGCUUGGCACUGCUGGAGCAUCGGCGCAUCCACAGUGGCGACAAGCCCUAUGAGUGCGGGGAAUGUGGCAAGACCUUCACGCGCAGCUCCAACCUUAUCAAGCACCAGAUCAUCCACAGUAGCGAGAUGCCGUUCGUGUGCCAAGUGUGCGGGAAGGUGUUCCGGCGGAGCUUUGCUCUGCUUGAGCAUGCGCGCAUCCACAGCGGUGAGCGGCCUUACGAGUGCGGUGAGUGUGGCAAGGCAUUCAGCCGCAGCUCCAACCUUAUCGAGCACCAGCGCACCCACAGCGGUCGGAAACCCUACAUCUGUCAGGAGUGCGGCAAAGCCUUCAAGGGCAUCUCGCAGCUCAUCCACCACCAGCGCAGCCACCGCGGUGACAGGCCCUUCUCGUGCCAGGUGUGCGGCAAGGCCUUCCGCGGCCAUUCAGGGCUUAGCCAACACCAGCGAGUGCACAGCGGCGAGAAGCCUUACGAGUGCAGCGAAUGUGGCCGGGCCUUCGGUCGCCGGGCCAACCUCUUCAAGCACCAGGUGGUGCAUGGCGGGGUGCGGCUCGAGCGUCGUGGCCGCUUGAAGGGACUUCGGCGCGGUUGCAUGCUCCUGGAGCAUCGACGCGGGCCGCACGGGCCGCGGUCCCAGGAAGCCGGGGAAGGCAGCUCGGCCGAGCCCCAGCUCAUUGAUGCCAAUGAGAAGCCCCAAGUGUGUGAGCGCUGCGGCCAGGUCUUCAAGAACAAGUUGCUGCUGUGUCGCCAUUUGCGCAUUCAUGACGACGAAGAUGACAAGAAACAGAAGUCGAUUACUGUGAGUACCUCAGGUUCGGAGGAGAGGUCGCUGCUCAGCCAGGGUUUGGAAUCCCAGCCCGCACAAGGAAGAGACAGCGAAAGCAAUGGAAGUUUCCUGUAUGCCGAGAAGGCCCAGGGCUCAUCCUCACCUUGAGGCCAGAAACAAGGUAGCAACUCAGAAUGGCAGGGUAGCUAGCCCCUUUCCCCAGUGUAAAACAGAAGUAACUCAGAAGGACAGGGUACCCCCUGCCCAUGCACCCAGUGUAAUAUGCCCUACUCUUUCCCUGAUGAGUAGAAAAGGAAGGCUCCGUCCCUAGUCUUUGAUGAUACAAUUGAUACCUAGAGAUUGCACAGGAAGGCUCCUCAUGGAGUCUAGGUAGGGUACUCCUGUGUGUACUUGGGUGAAUGAGUGCCUAUGUGAAUGGGGUCUCCAGGUGAGCAGAUUUGCAUAAUACAGAGUUGGUCUCUACCAUUCGCAUGAGAAUUGCUUGAUGUGGUUGGGAAAGAAGGAGCAGAGUCCAGCCAACUCUAAGCACAAUUACAUUGAA